UAGCCUUGUCUCUCUUUCUCCCCUGCAUAUCUUUUGUAUUUACUAUACUAGUAUAUAUAAACAGAAUCUCAAACUGUCUUGUCUUUAUUAGUAUUCUUGUUAUAUAUUUGGUUCCAAGAUAUUGAAGAAUAUUGUUGUUAUGGAGGAGAUAACACAAGUGUCUGAAACAUCUCAGCCAGUUAUUACAGCAGUUUCACAUGAUGCUCCUCCCCAGGCUGAUCCCCACAAGACAGAAUCCACAACAGAAGUCACAAAUUCGGCAUCAAGUUCAAGACGCUCUGAUCUAUCUCUUCAAAUCCCUCCUAGACAUGUAGGCUUUGGCAAUAGCCACAGGGGAAAGGGCUUAUUUAAGUCUCCAAGUAUCCCAAGUGGAAGUUCUUCAGCAGGUUUACUCCGGGGUUUAAGCUUUAAGAAAAAGGUGACGAAUUAUGAUGGGGAAAAAAAUCAACUCCUCAAUUCAGACCCGAAAGGAGCUCCUGGUAGCCCUGUUUUGGCCAGUUUUAAGGCAAAAUUUUCUUGGGAUAGAAGCACCUCUCUUCCUGUCACACCUGCAGAUAAUUCGUCACCUUCAACCCCGUUUCCUGCCUCUGCAAGAACAUACGGGGAGCAAACUAAGUCACGUAUAGGUACUGCUCAAGCUGUUUCAAGGUCUCUCUCCGUGCCCGGGAGAAAUAUGGUUAUUGUAAAAUCAGUUUCUUUUGCUAAUCGUAAAGAGAAUGUUCAAACAGACACUGUCGAUGGUCAAAAAACUGAUGUUGAAGAUGAUGAAGAAGAGAUACCUGAAGAAGAAGCUGUUUGUAGAAUAUGUUUGGACCCAUGUGAAGAAGGAAAUACUCUGAAGAUGGAGUGCAGCUGCAAAGGUGCACUCAGGCUUAUACAUGAAGAAUGUGCGAUUAAAUGGUUUAGCACAAGACCAAACAAGAAUUGUGAUGUAUGUGGGCGAGAAGUGUCAAAUUUACCUGUAACUUUGCUUCGUGCUCCAACCUCUACUCAAAGGGACAGGAGAACAGAGGUUAAUCAACAAAAUUUGAACGCAGGGCCGAUAAGUGCCUGGCAGGACUUUGUGGUGCUGGUUUUGAUCAGUACAAUUUGUUAUUUUUUCUUUGUCGAGCAACUUCUGAUUCAUGACCUAAAAACGGACGCAGUAGUGAUUGCUGCACCAUUUUCUCUGAUGUUGGGUCUUUUGGCAUCUGCACUUGCAAUCAUCCUAGCAAGCAGGGAUUAUAUAUGGACUUACGCAACGUUUGAAUUUGCACUAGUAGCCAUGACACUCCAUCUUUUCUAUUCAAUAUGUCGUUUGAAGGCAGUUUAUGCAAUACUAAUAUCAGCAUUAUUGGGAUUGGGGUUGUGCACGAGUCUCAACGCGGUGUAUCUUCGAUAUUUUGUUCGGCGACUUCAAGUUCGACAAAACUCUAGUCCAGUAUGAUGAGAAUUUAAAGGGAAUACGCAGCUUACUAUAUUUUUUUAGUUAGCAAUCUGAAAGUUAUAUAACAAUGUAUACCAUAUUCAUUAAAUGCCAAUGAGUUUACAAAAUAAAAUUUAAUUUAAUCAUGUUUGUUAA